AUGCUGAGUGUCCAAUCACCGAGCCCAGCGAUGACCUCAAACGAAAAGGCACCCCGUCACCGACCGGCCAAUCUUAUGCCCCCUUCACCUCGCCCGCUUUCGACACCAGGCUUGCCUAUGCAUUCUCCGCGUCUUAUGACUCCCACGAGCUCUAUGAGGCCGACGAGUGAGCUACUUGGUAGCGCAAACAAACUUCCGACUCGAGAUGUCGAAGCGCUUGAUCAGUGGUUUGCCAACUUCCAAAUCUAUGAGGCGACACUAGAGGAAAUGGCUGCUGCUUCAACGGAGCCAAAAUUCAAGGAAGAGCUUAGCACGAUAGAACAUUGGUUCAAGAUCUUAUCAGAGCCCGAACGCACCGCUACACUAUACACGCUACUUCAGCAAUCAUCCCAGAUGCAAAUACGGUUCCUCAUAGCCGUACUCCAACAGAUGAUCAAAUCUGAUGCCAACCCGCCCCCAACUGCCUCGAUCGAUGGCCAGAUCAAAGGCAAAGCCACCCGAAAUGCCCGCCCUCCGAGUCUCAACCUACCCGAUCCUUCCACCUCGCUCCCAUCCGCUGUCGAAUCAGCAUCUCUCCGAUCUGCAGAACCUAGCGCCAAUGCUCCCAAGAGUGUGGCGCAAGAGCUUCUCGUCAGUGCUCCGGCAGACGAAAGCUGGGCCAGCAUGGUCAAGACCCCAUCAACCCCCAUGUUUGGAGCCGCCAAAUCACAGAAACAAGAACAACCAACAAAUCAAUUCAACGGGGGCUUUACGAACCCCGCAAUGGGUCUUCAAGGUAUCCCAGGCAACCCAUUCAACAAUCUCGGUAUGAUUGGCGCUAUGGGAUUGUCCCCUGAAGCGCAGAUGCUUGCCGUGCAAAUGAUGAUGGGAGGAUAUGUCCAGCCAGGGCAGAUGCAGAUGCCACACCCACAGCCUCAUCGCCAGCCCACUGGAUCGAACACCAACAAUAAUCGCCAAUCACGUCAGCCUGGUAACAACUGGCGCGCUCCCGCCAGUGCCCGUUUCCCCACAAGUGCACUGAAAAGCGGCGGUCUGAAGUCCAGCGGCCUCAAGAGCAGUGGGCUGAAAAGUAGUGGAUUGAAGAGCAGCGGCCUCAAGAGUGCCAACAGUACUGGCAGCGCUGCUACGCCUCGCGAAGAAGACUUUGAUCCCGAGAUGCUCAAGGACAUCCCCGCUUGGCUCAAGACGUUCCGCCUGCACAAAUACACCAGUUGUUUCGAAGGCUUGACUUGGCAGGAGAUGGUUUCACUUGAUGAUGCCGCUUUGGAGGCGAAGGGAGUUGUAACUCUUGGCGCCCGAAGACGGCUGUUGAGGACAUUCGAGAUGGUCAGGAUCAAGAUGGGCCUACAAAGCGCACCUGCCGCAGAUGCUUCGACGCCUUCUGCCACCGAUGCGGCCACACCAACAGCUCCCAAGACCGCUGUUGACCCACCUUCUUCCUCAUCACCAUCGCCAACUGUUCCCCCUUUGUCUGCGACUGUAUAA